AUGGCUCCCUCGCCGGAUCAGGAUGGGAGCGCAGUGCUGAGUGGCAUGGAUCAGAGUCCAGAAUAUGAUGUCAGCGUCAAGGAUGCGGAGAAACAACAUGAGAAGUCCCAUCCAGAAUAUCAGGACACCUUUGGUGAUGAAGAGUUCGCCGAGGUGAAGUACAAGGUGUUAAGCUGGUGGCAAUGCGGAUUUUUGAUGGUCGCGGAGACCGUCUCGCUCGGAAUUCUUUCGUUACCUGCCGUGGUUGCUGCCUUAGGCCUUGCCCCUGCGAUUAUUCUUCUUCUCGGCCUCGGUCUUCUGGCUACGUAUACAGGUUAUACCAUCGGACAGUUCAGAUGGCGCUAUCCCCACAUUCAAAGCAUGGCCGAUGCCGGAGAGGUCCUGAUGGGCAGCUUCGGACGUGAGUUUUUGGGAACCGGCCAGCUUCUAUUGGUCGUUUUCAUCAUGGCGAGUCACAUUCUAACCUUUACGGUGGCUAUGAAUUCCAUCACGGACCAUGGAACGUGUUCCAUCGUCUUUGGGGUCGUGGGCAUGGUCAUCUCAUAUUUUCUGUGUUUACCACGCACCUCCGCCAAGGUGUCCUAUCUUUCCGUUGCUUCCUUUAUUAGUGUCUUCAGUGCCGUGAUGGUUGUAAUGAUUGCUGUUGGUAUAUCACGCCCAUGGAAGGAUGGCAUCCAGGCAACCGUCGAUACCAGCCUGUAUAAAGCCUUCUUGGCCGUCUGCAACAUCGUCUUCUCCUUCUCGGGGCACGUUGCCUUCUUUGGAUUCAUGUCGGAAUUAAAGGAUCCGAAAGAGUAUCCGAAAUCCCUCUUCCUUCUGCAGGGCAUUGAUGUCUGCCUCUACAUCGUCACAUCCGUCGUUGUCUAUUACUACGCUGGCCAGGAUGUGACCUCCCCCGCCUUAGGGUCGGCGAGUCCCGUGGUGCGCAAGGUCGCCUACGGCAUUGCCCUUCCGACUAUUAUCAUCGGUGGAGUCGUCAACGGCCACGUCGCGUGCAAGUACGUCUACGUCCGCAUCUUCCGCGGCAGCGAUCGCAUGCACAAGAAAGAUUUAGUGGCCACGGGGACAUGGGUCAUCCUCAUGUUGGGUCUCUGGAUUGUCGCCUGGAUUAUUGCAGAGGCAAUCCCGGUCUUCAACAAUCUUCUCAGCUUAGUGGCCUCUCUCUUCGCCAGCUGGUUCACCUACGGUCUCAGCGCGGUGUUUUGGCUCUACCUUAAUAAAGGCCGGUUUUUCGCCACGCCAAUGAAAAUCUUCCUCACCAUUCUCAACGUUCUCAUUAUCGGAAUCGCAGGAUGCAUAUGUGGUCUCGGCCUGUAUGUAUCAGGCAAAUCAUUGCAUGAUGAUCCCAGCAGCGCUAGUUUCUCAUGUGCGAAUAACGCUUGA